UCCCCAUCCCGAUAUCUCGCAUCACCUAUUCGCACAGAGACUGUUGCAGAGCAACGCCAUUACCAUGACAAAUCAUCAGAGGACAGGGAGAUGGACGACUUUCAUGAUUCAAUAUAUAAGGAGAGAGUUGGCAAAGAGAUAAUUCAGAGCAUCGGAGAAAAGAAAAUUCGGGAUCAAGAAUCACUUACAACACUUCCUGAAGAGGAAAGGCCUCAAGACCUCAACUCGGAUGCUCAGUCACACAAUAGCACAUCAUCCGAAGUAUCGGCUAAUUCAGAUGGUAGUAAAUUACCUCCAGAAGGCAAAAUAUGUAGCGAAACAAAUUCAAAGUGCAAGAAAAGUGUAGGCAAGCUUAAGCAAGAAUUAUUUACCCCUCAGUUGUCUUCACAAGAACCAUCAAUAGAACAAUAUCAUACGACCGAAAUUCCCGAGACAUCAUGUCCUGGAAAAGUUACUUCUGGUGACAAUUCUAGCAUUGAUGAGGCCUCACAACAUCUAGCUCAGUUAUGUGAUAAAGCUUUUGAUGCUGAAGAUAAAGCGAAUAGAGCUAAUCAGAAGGAAAUUUUAUGCUGGUCCCUCUAUGCGAAGGAUUUCAGAAUUCAGCUCAACGGGAUUAUAGAAAAUAGCGGAG